CUCGGUUUUACCGGGUCAGUAGCCGCUGCGAGAGACAGAGAAAAACCCUACAGCCAGGUGCAGUUUAAGGUUAUAAACAGUGCAGCGAACAACUAUAAAACGGACAAAGUUAAUCUUAAGCAAUCAUAGGAACUUUUGCCAUGAAGUCUGCGUGCCUGCUUGUCCUGGGUUUUCUAACGAUCUGCAACCUGGCGAUGUCUCGAGGACAGGAAAUCCCCGUCGAGGAUGAAACGGGGGACCGAAAGACUAUUGACGACAUCAUACUACAGAGAGCGGAGAGCCUUUUUCUCCGUUCAAUUCUGAAAAAGAUACAGGACGAAGAUGGCUCAAACGAGGUACUUUCCUCUCUGCCAGAGUGGAUGGCAAAGCGGCAACAUCCCGGCAAAAGAUUCAACGAGGACCUGGAAAAGCGACAACACCCAGGGAGGAGAGACGAUGACGACGAAGACUACUCGGAUGUCCAGAAGAGACAACACCCGGGAAAACGCGAAGACGAAGUAGACUCAUUCAUAGAAGUCCAGAAGAGGCAACAUCCCGGAAAGCGCUCAAUGUUAGAGCAAUUUGCUGAGAACCCGGCACUCCUGAGCGAACUCUCCAAACGACAACACCCGGGCAAACGCUACUUGAUGAUGUACAAUAAACGCCAGCAUCCCGGAAAGCGAGACCUGGAGGAUGAGCCAGACGCUGAGGAUCUCCAAGACUUGGACAAGCGCCAGCACCCCGGCAAACGUUAUUGGGAUAACAUGGUCACGGAUUUAGAUGCCAGCAGUCCAUGUGAUGUGCUGGACCCUACGAGCUGCAAUAAGGCAAACCUGUUGCUCGAGUUAUUAGACAACGUGACCAAGAGCCGGGCUGAGGAGAAAAGACAACACCCGGGCAAAAGGCUCGCGCCAGACGAGGGUGUAAUGGAACAACAGUAAAAUUAAUCAGAGUAUUUCUCAAGUGCUGUAAUGUAAAGAAUACAAUGUAUAGGCAUACAUUAUGAAUAAAAUUAUAGUCAAUCAAUUCACUUGAUCAACCCCCUUUAAUUGAAACAUGUGUACAUUUUCUAUUAAGUCCAUCCUCACCAUGUUAGAUUGCAUAAAGUUCUUAUACAAGAAAAACAACGAAAGCUGAUAUUAAGGAACCACUGUAUGGAUAUAGCGAAAGGAAAAUUUGGGAUUGGAUAUUAAUCUGUCAUAUAAUUGUUUUAGCCUAUAAAUUUCAAUCCACAUGCAGUUUCAUAGUUAACAAUAGCAUUUUAAUUUGUCUUUAUUAUUUAACCUUAUUCUCAGAUGUAAGAUAUAGUUUAAGUAAAUAUACCCUGCAAACUAAAGUAGGUGAAGGGAUUAUUUUUCUACAUAAAACGUGUUGUAUGGAGUAGGCUACAGUUUUUAAGUUACUGUUGUAAAACUGUGUUUUACCUUUGCCUUUUAGCUUACCAUAUAUCCAUAAUUAUGUUGAACAAUAAACGCAUUGGUACAGA